UUUUUAUUUUAAUGGUAUUAAUGAUGUUGAUUUAAUUUCAAUUUUUGAUAAACCCAUUUCAUCAAAUUUAAUUCAUCUCAAGAACCUUUAUGUUAGAAUAUCUCAUUCUUCUGUUCUUAAACUUUUUGAAAGAAUUGUUUUAAUGUCAAAUAAUGGUCUCAAAACCCUUUUUUAUGGUAGACAAGAUAUUUAUAAUCCCUUUACUAAUCAUAAUGUCACGUCAUCAAUUCAACCAUUCUGUGCGAAUCUCACUCAUUUAUUUAUAAUAGUAACAGCUGGAAGAGAAUUUUCAUGUACUGUUUCAUUUAUGAAAAGUUUGAAGCAUCUUGUUCAUUUAAAAUUGAGUUGUAGCAAUUCUCUUAAAGAUGAUGCUGUUACAGAAUUAGCACAUUCAUUUUCUCAAUCUUUAAAAAUCUUGGAGAUGGAUUACCUUGUAGUAGCAGAGAAGUUAAAAGUUUUGUUAGAGAAUGUGCAUUGUAAUUUCAAAGAAAUUAGCAUAUUUGCGCGUAUUAAUGAUGCUAUUCUAAAAGUUAUUAUGGAAUAUGCCAGUCGAAAAAAUUCCUUAAAGAAACUUAGGUAUAUGAAUGAUAAGAAUGUUUUAUAUUUUUAUCAACCCCAACUUACAACACAAAUAUUAGAAGAAGCAAAGGAUCUAUUUAUAGUUGAAGAUAGUACAGAACCCUUUACAAAAAGCUUUCUUAAAUCAAUAUUUUGAAUUGAAAUAUUAUAUGGGAUAUUAAAGAAUUUUUAUAUUUGAUUUUUUUUUCUCUUUGUUUCUCUCAUAUUUGUGUUUUUAUAAAUUAUUAAAUGUGACAAUAAUUUUUACAGUCAAUAGCCUAUUUUAAUA